AUGCAACAGAAAAAUCCUCCCCUGAAAAAACAGCGCACGUACGAAUCCGUUAACGUCGAGGAGAUGGAAGGAAAGCGGGAAGCCCCCGAAGGAUGCAACAUGGUGGCGAAGAAGGAGAACGAAGAGAUUGACGCAGAUUUAUACUCAAGACAGUUAGGCACCUACGGCUUUGAAUUAAUGAAUAAGUUGAUAAAGCUCAACGUUCUUAUAAUAAACGUGAAGAGUGUUGGUUUGGAGUGUGCUAAGAAUUUAAUUUUAUCUGGACCCAAAUCUGUGUGCAUAUACGACAAUGAGGUGUGUCACUUGUCUGACGUAGGAGUGAAUUUUUUUAUAACUGAAGAAGACGUGGAGAAGAAAGCGACUCGCAGUGAUGCAGUGAUAAAGCAGUUGAAGGAAUUGAAUAGCUAUGUACACAUAUACAAUUACAAAGGAGAGUUAGAUGAGCAAUUUGUACAAUCGUUCGACGUGGUUGUAUGCUGUGAUGUGAGUCAUACUGAGUUGGUUAAGUAUAGUAAAAUGGUGAGGAGCAUUUCUUCUGUAAAAAAAAUCGCAUUCCUCUGUUGCAAUAUAUAUGGGUUGUGUGGGUGUUUGUUUGUUGAUUUUGGAAAUGGCUUUGUGUGUUAUGAUAAGGAUGGAGAAAAUGUGAAGUCCUGUAGCAUUAGUAAGAUUAGUAAAGCGGUGGAGGGAGUGGUGUCAUUCGACUGUGACAAAGGGGCCCCUUUCCAGAGUGGAGACUACAUUAAAUUUACUAACGUAGAAGGGAUGACACAGAUUAAUAAAAAAAUAUAUAAAAUAAAAGAUAUGCACAAAUAUACCUUUACCAUUGGGGACACUUCACAGUUUAAUGAUUAUGUGAAGGGAGGGGAGUGUACUCAGGUGAAAAGUCACCUCAGGAUGGACUUCCAGCCGUAUGAAUUUGUUUGUGAAAAUCCCUUAUCCUGGGAGGGGGCAGCGAUAAAUGGAAGCUCCGUCACAACGCCUGACGAUGAAACGAUCUACGAAGAUGUGCCCCCACCUCAGUCCUUCCUCAUUUCAGAUUAUGCAAAAUUCGAUAUGAGCAAUCAGCUGCAUUACGCCAUUCAGGCAUUAAAGAAAUUUGAAGCGGAGAAUAAUAAUGUGUUACCACAGAAUUGUGAGGAGGAGGUUGUGGAGAAGGUGUUUAAGAUUGCUGUUUCGCUGAAUGAGGGAGAUAAGGAAAUGAAAAAGACAUAUGCUGUGGAGGAAGUGAAAAAAGAAGUAGUGUUAAAGGUGGUAAAGUAUUGUACAUCUCACCUUGCACCAGUUGCCUCCUUCUUUGGAGGGCUACUAGCACAAGAGGUAAUAAAAUAUACAGGAAAAUAUAUGCCCAUCUACCAACUCCUUUAUAUGGACUUUUUCGAAUGCAUUUCUCUCGGCUCGGAAGGGGAAAGCAUAUGUAUAAAAAAUGAAGAGAUAGCAAAGGAGAAUAGUAAAAAUGAUAAUGUCAUUAGUGUAUUUGGUAAAUCCUUCCAGAAGAGACUAAACCAAUUGAAUGUAUUUCUUGUAGGAUCAGGUGCAUUAGGAUGCGAGUACGCUAAACUUUUUUCCCUACUAGAUAUGUGUUCAGGUGGGGCAAAUGGCAAGUUGACCAUAACCGAUAAUGAUAAUAUUGAAGUUUCAAAUUUGAAUAGGCAAUUUCUUUUUAGAAGAGAAAAUGUAGGUAAAUCAAAAUCGCUAGUUGCAGGUGGAAUAAUAAAAAAAAAAAAUAAAAACAUGUGUGUAGAAUCGCUGGAGACAAAAGUGGGACCAGAAAAUGAAAAUAUUUUUAAUGAACAUUUUUGGACUAAGCAACAUAUGAUUGUUAAUGCAUUAGAUAAUAUUCAAGCAAGACAAUACAUCGAUAAUAAAUGUGUGUGGUAUUCUAAACCGUUGUUUGAAUCGGGUACACUGGGUACCAAGGGAAAUGUGCAAAUCGUUUUACCAUUCCUGACUCAGUCAUAUAACGACAGUUAUGACCCUCCAGAAGAUUCCAUCCCUUUGUGUACGUUGAAACAUUUCCCUUACGACAUUGUACAUACGAUAGAAUAUGCCAGAGAUAUUUUUCAGGGGCUCUUUUACAACACCCCUUUAAGUCUACAGGAAUUUUUAAAAGAUAAAAAGGAGUAUGUGAAAAAAAUACAAGAGGAAGGAAAUAAUGCCUCUCUGUUGGAGACCUUGCAAAAUGUGUUGACCACUCUGAAGGAAGUUUCGAAAGAAGCUAAUUUUAAAUUUUGUAUAAAAAAAGCAGUAGAUUUAUUUUAUACAAAUUUUAUUAACCAAAUUAAUCAACUUUUAUAUUCUUUUCCAUUAGAUUACAAAUUAGCUAGUGGAGAAUUUUUCUGGGUUGGUCAGAAGAAACCUCCUCAAGUUAUUUCCUUCGAUGUGAAUAAUGAAUUUGUAAAAGAGUUUCUCUUUUGUACAUCUAACCUCUUUGCACAGGUUUAUAAUAUCCCACAAUGUUAUGAUUUGAAAUAUAUAUUAGAUGUAGCUAGCCAAAUUGAAGUGACCCCAUUUCAGCCAAAAAGAGUGAAAGUAAAUAUGGAUGAAAAAAAUCUGAACAAUAUUUCCAUCUCCUUCGUAGAUGAUGAAAAAUUGAUUCAGGAUUUCUGCAAAGAAUUAUUAAAUGUAGAAUGUCAACAUGUGAAGGUGUCUCCAAUCGAGUUCGAUAAAGAUGAAGAAACAAAUAUGCAUGUGAAUUUUAUUUACUCCUUUGCAAAUCUGAGGGCUAUUAAUUAUAAAAUUGAAACAUGCGAUAAAUUGAAAGCUAAAUUGGUUGCUGGAAAAAUCAUCCCCGCUCUGGCCACCACCACUUCCAUCAUUACUGGCCUUGUCGGAAUUGAACUGCUAAAGUAUGUGAAUUAUUGUGACUACCUUCAGAUGUAUGUGAAGGCAACAGAGGAGGAGAAGAAGAAGAAGGAGAUGAAGGACGUGCUGUCCUAUUUUAAAAACGCCUUUAUCAACACCGCUCUGCCCCUUAUCCUCUUCUCGGAACCCAUGCCACCAAUCAAGGUGUGCGACAAGGACUACGACGAACUCAUGAAGGGCCCCAUCAAGGCCAUCCCCAACGGAUUCACCUCCUGGGACAAAAUUCAAAUACACAUAGUGAACGGAACCAUCAAGGACCUGAUCGACCACAUAAGCGACAAGUUCAACAUCGAAGUGAACCUCAUUUCCGUGGGAAACGCCUGCCUCUACAACUGCUACCUGCCCGCACACAACAAGGAACGCCUGAACAAACCCAUUCACCAAAUUUACCAAGAGAUCACCAAGCAGAAGUUGCCCGAUGACAAAAACUACAUCGUGGUGGAAGCCAGCUGCAGUGACCAGGACCUCGUGGAUGUCCUCAUACCCUCCAUUAAGUUUAUUUACAAGUGA